UAUUCUUUUCCUUUUCAAUCACUUUAAGCCUUUUUUUAUUUUUUAAAGUAAAAUUUAAGCUUUUCCUUGACUUUUUUAAUUCGUUUUUGAAAUUGGAGGAGGUAGACUUGACCCUUUAAAGGAAUUUAAAAAUAAAGAGAAGAGUGGAGGUGUUUGGAAAAAAUAAAAGGGGGUUUGGGGGUAGAUGAGUUGGGUAUAUUUCUUUAAGCCCUUUUAUUUUUUUGUUUUCGUUUUUGACAAUCAAAAAUGGAUGACUAAAUUGUACUCAUAAUUUUUAAAAAUAUUUUUAUUUUUGAAAUUUUUAAUUAAAUUAUCAGCGCUUCCGUUUAGGAUUGGUAGGAUCCUCCUUUUUCACCCUUAAAUUAAUUAGUUUUUAAAAAAAUUCUUUAAUAACCCCCUAAGUUUUUGGAAAUUUUUAAAAUUUUAAUUUUCAGUUUUUAAAACUUUUCCCCUUCAUUUUUUUUAUUAAUUUUACAUGUUUUUUCUUUUUCUUCUUCAUCCAUUAAAUGCCUUCUUUAAUAACAAAAAUAAAAACAACAACAGCAGCAGAUGAACAACAAUACCGAAACAUUAACAACACAAACAGCACCAACAACAAUUUAUUUAAAUUUAGCUUGGUCUGAAAUUCUUUUAGUUCUUUUAAUGGCCGUUAUUUCUGCUGUGACUGUUGUCGGUAAUUUGGUUGUUUUACUUUCAUUUUUACUCGACCGACAAAUUCGACAACCUAGCAACUUUUUUAUUUUUUCUUUGGCUGUUUCCGAUUUGAUAAUUGGAUUAGAAGGAAUACCUGUAUAUACAUAUUUUUUAAUUAAUGGACAACGUUGGCCUUUUGGAGCUUUUCUUUGUGAUUUAUGGCUUUCUGUAGAUUAUGCUUGUUGUUUAGCCUCAAUUUAUACUGUUUUGGGUAUUACUGCUGAUAGAUAUCUUUCUGUAAAAUACCCUGCUGCUUAUCGUAAUUGGAGAACUAAAGGUCGAGUACUUUUAAUUAUUGCUGCUAUUUGGGUAUUGCCUUCAGUGCUUUUUUCAAUAUCAAUUUUUGGCUAUGGAUGGUUUUCGGGUAAAGGACGUAUUUUAAGGGAAGACGAAUGUUAUGUACAAUUUAUGACUAAUCCUUACUUGAAUGCUGGAAUGUAUCUUUCAUAUUAUUGGUCAACAUUGAUACUAAUGCUCUAUCUUUAUUAUGGUAUUUACUCUGCUGCAAAACAAUUAGCAUCUAAAUCAGAUCAAAAACAAAAAAGAUUGGCUAUUUUGGCUGAAAUGAGGGGAGGAGAGGGUGGGGGACAAGAAGUAGCUAUUAGGCCAGAUUCUAGAGAUGAACAAUCACUUGGCCCUGGGCUUUCUGAAGCUCUUGGAACUUUGGAUUCUUCUGAAACCAAACCAUUUAGAAGAGCAUCAACCCGUUUAUUAAACGCAAUACAAAAUGGCAGACUUUUAUCACUUAGGACAAAAAAUGGCGUCAAUUCUUCAACAAGUGAUGGUGCUAGUUCUAAAGCUGACAGCCUUAAUGCAAAAGAAAAAUGCCCCAAAAAACUAUCAAUUAAUGCUAAUAAUAAAGAACAAAAUAUUAUUGAACCUAAUAAAUCAACUUCUCUAACUUUACUUGGUCCAAACAACGAAACAUCUAAUAGUUUAGAACAACAACAAUCACAAUCCUUAUCCCCACAUAAAGAAGAAGAAAUUCUGGAAAAAAGAGAAAAUUCAAGUGAGGGAGGUGAUGGAGCAUUUUCGCCUGAUUUUGGGGAUCGAGUGCCUUUUAUUGACGAAUCAGCACAGUCAUCAGCUUUGUCUACACCUAAAGACCUUAGAGAGGAGGAAGAAAAAGAAGAAAAAAUGCCAACUAAAGUUGGCCCAAAUUCUUUCCGGUCACACUCUGUGCCGUCUCCCAAUCAACAUAAAGAAGAAGAAAAAACAUUUAUUCCAAUAGAUUUCAAUAAUGGAUUAAAUGGAGGGUGUAAUAACCAAACAAAUGUUGAUAAUUUAAUGAAGGUAAGCGGUACUUUUCUGUUAUGGGGCUGCACAUAA